AUGGUGAUCGACGCUCUGCGGGCAGACUUUCUGUUUUCAAACGAGUCCCAAAUGACCUUUGUCCACGAGCUCAUCAAUGAUGGCUAUGCAUUGGGGUACACUGCCUACUCCAAUCCUCCUACCGUGACCCUGCCCCGUCUCAAGGGCAUAACUACAGGAUCAACGCCUAAUUUCAUCGAUGCUGUACUUAAUAUCGCAGAGGAAGACACGUCAUCGACUCUGGGAGACCAGGACUCGUGGGUAAAGCAGAUGCAUGCGUCAGGGUGGAAAAUCAACAUGUUUGGAGACGAUACCUGGUUGAAGCUGUUUCCUUCGUAUUUCGCAAAGACAGACGGUACCGCCAGUUUUUACGUUAGCGAUUUUACCAUUGUGGACAACAACGUCACACGGCAUCUGGAUUACGAGCUGAGCAAAGAAGGCCAGAGAAACUGGGACUGUCUGAUCCUUCAUUAUUUGGGCCUGGACCAUAUUGGCCACAAAGGAGGGCCUGCUAGUGCUAGCAUGCCUGCCAAGCAGCGCGAAAUGGACUCUAUCAUUCGCAGGAUUUUUGAAAGCACUGUAAAGAAAGACGAAAACACUCUGUUUGUGGUGAUGGGCGACCAUGGAAUGAAUGAGGUUGGAAAUCACGGAGGCUCCUCAAUUGGCGAAGUUUCUGCUGGGUUAUUGCUGGUUUCAUCCAAAUUCAAAAAGCUUCAGUCAGAGCAGAAGGCUCCUAUACCAAGAAAUCCAGAUUUUGACUACUUCGGCCACAUCGAACAAAUAGACUUGGUGCCGACUCUUUCCACGCUGCUUGGUCUUAAAAUCCCAAUUAAUAAUUUGGGCACAUUUAUGCACGACCUGCUCCCGCUGUAUACGGAGAAAGAUAGGCAGAACGUCCUAAUCAAGAACGCAUUGCAACUGAAGGUCCUCAUAGACAAAUCCAGAAGCAAGGUGACGUCUUUAGACUCUGAGAUUGACGUCUCAUCUCUGUCUUCUUUGCUACACUUUCUGCAUGAUUCCAAAGGUACAUUGUCGAAAACUUCAUCAGAUUACAAUUACAGGGAUAUAUUCUACGGACUGGCUGGCUAUACAUUCACUGCACUUAUCAGUUUGGCGCUCUUUUUCACAUAUCAUCGAGGCCGGCUUUCGGAAGCCGGUGUUGAUCUGUUAUUCUUUAUUCUCUAUGCCGUCAAUUUCUUCGGCUCGUCAAUGAUUGAAGAGGAACACCACCUUUGGUGGUUUUUUACCACUGUGUUUGUUGCAUCGGUAACAGUCAAAUCCCAAUCAAUUUAUUGUACAACGCUGCUUGUUUGUCUUCGCCUCCUCAAGGCUUGGAACAACAGUGGACAGAAAAACAACAUCAAAAGCAACAUGAAGAUCGCGACGUAUGUUGCAUCGCUUUCGCCUGACAUCGGUCCUGUUGUGGUUGCAUUCCUGAUCGCAUCAACCCUCGCAACAUACUGUUUCUACGUCACAGAAGGUGUUAUCGUGAAAGGAAAAGGUGACGGAACGACUUUGAGAUUCCUCACGUUUGUCAGCACGUCGCUUCUUUGUUCCAUCACCUUCUCGACCAAGUUUUUGUCCUACCUGUCAGAGACCUACGACUUGAAAUCUGGAUUCAAGGAAAUUCCUGAUUGGUGUUCGAAGUACAUUCUGUGGAUCGGCCAGCGUUUGGGAACGACAGAUAUCAACACAGUCAACCAACAACUUUUUAGUUUGUUCUAUAAAGUUUGGCUGGUUACAAUCGCAUUCCAUCUUCUGAAACCCCUAGCAUUCAAAAUAUGGAAACUCCCAGACCCAGCGCACAAUUAUACACGAACCAUACUAAUUACCUUCAGCCAGCUGCUGAUCAGUCAAACAAACUUCAAUAACGUUCCAAUAUUCUUGCUUCUGCUGGCGAUCCUCCUGUCGUUCCAAAAACUCGUCCCCGUGUCCAACCUCAACGCCAUUUCCCUGUUCACCAUUUUAAUGCAAAACCUCAGCUUUUUCCAGUUUGGAUUCACAAACUCUCUCUCGUCUGUCGACCUCACAAACUCCUUCAACGGGCUUUCCAGCUACAAUAUGAUUCUCUCCGGACUGCUGACUUUUGUGUGCAACUGGGCUGCCCCUAUAUUCUGGUCUCUGGCCUAUUUGCAUCUCACCUUAAAACCAGAUGGACGUAACUGGGAAAGACUGUACCACCGGCUCCUGGUGACACUGACAUUCUACUCCGUUAGCGGACUGGUCCUGAUAGUAAGCUGCUACAACCUCAGAUUCCAUCUCUUCAUCUGGACAGUGUUUAGUCCCAAGAUCCUGUACUUCCUCUCAUGGACGGCGUGCGGACUACUCGUGGACUUCGGUCUAUCAUGUAUUGUUACGGCCCUGUAUAUAAAAUAG